AUGACUUUGCACCAGGACAGUAGCCUGAGGGCUCAGCUUCAACAAUGCAACGGCAAUGUCAGGGCCCUGAUGCAACUAUUUGCUGCCAUGUUCAACUCUACCUUGAACUUCACCAGCACCAGAGGACCUCCACUUUGGUACCAGUAUGAAGUGUGCGCCGUAGCACCCUACGGCUUCAUUUUCUACUACGGCGUCAAGGUGUUCAACCUGGUGGUAGGCACACCCUGCAACGGCCUGGUCAUCUGGCAGAUAGCCACCAGGAAGAGGGACGCGUCCACCUCCGACAUCUUCAUCCUCAACCUGGCCUUGCUGGAUGCCUACUUCUGCCUGAUGAUGCCCACUGAGCUGCUCAACAGCCUGCUGCUGGACAACACGUCCAUUAAGUACGUGCAGAGGUUUGCGUACGGCGUCAAGGACACGGGGGUGUUUUUCCUGGUGUGUAUCUGUCUUGACCGCUACACGGCCGUGGUGCACCCCGUACUGUUCACCGGCAUCCGACACAACAAAAUCCGCGUCGGUAUAUCCGUGGUGGUCUGGGCCCUGAUCAUAGCCUACGCCCUGGCCAAAUCUAUCCUGGGAUCCAGGAGCGUCAACCCUAUCUUCAGCGGUGUCAUCCUCUUCGCCUUCACAGUCAUGGUCCUGUGCAACAUCUCCAUCAUCUGGAUCCUCCGUCGCUCUGUGACAGGUAAAGAGGUGAUGCACCCGGUCAAGAAAAAGGCCCUCAAGAUGGUGCUGAUCAUCCUGGCCAUCAUCGUGGUCAACUACCUCCCGCCGGUGCUCAUGCCCUUUGCGCCCUACUACUCCAUUGUGGAGUUCCGCUGCCAGAUCCGCAUCAGCGUCUACUCCAUCAUGGACCUGAGCUGCAGCAUCGAGCCGCUUCUGUACCUCACCAAGAUGGAGUGUGCGGGGGCCAAGUGCUGUGGAUGCUGUGUUGCUAGGAAACCACACAAAGUCAGUGUCUGAAGGCUUAAUGUACAUAACAUUCAUUAUUACCCGUUGUCAAAUCCUGUUUUUACCCUUAGAAUUACUAUUUUACACACUUAAAAUGUGAAAACAAAAAUUCUAAAGAAAAUCCGGUUUUUCCCCUUGUAAAAUAACUAUUUUAAACACUUAAUAUUUAGGUUCUGCAGCUGAGACAUAAUAUUUACAAUGUGUAUGAGAUUGACUACAGGGUUGGAAAAGCAUAUAUUUUAUUCACUAAUAGUACUAAAUAUUUAUUUACACAAAACUUAAUUAAAAUGAAUUACAAUGCUGACACUUAAUCGUGGGGUGGGGAGUCAUAUACAUUACAUUUUCCCCUUUCAUUAAUUAUACGCUAUUUGUUUUGCCCGUCAUCACUUUCUCAUUAUUUAAACACGUGUAAAGGGUGGGCUGUUUUCCACAUAUUUGUAUGCGGAUUGGUCACAAAAUAUAGGCGUUUGAUUGGUCGGAUUAUUUUUAAAUCAGGCAAUUCGAUUGGUUGUCGGUGCCGUCAUUCAGGUUUCUACAGCGGAAGCAGGAAGUUUGAUUGGUCGGAUUAUUUUUUAAAUCAGGCAAUUCGAUUGGUUGUCGGUGCCGUCAUUCAGACUUCUCCAGCGGCAGUAGGAAGUUGCUGCUCGCGCUCAAGUAGAUUUUUACUCAAUUUAACUGAUAAAUUCUACCAGUAUGGCGUGAAUACCAUCGUGUAAUUUAACGGCUGGUGCUAUCAAGUUGGUCACUUUUAAAACGGCUAUGAUAUAUCGUCGCCUUUAGCCCAUCUGAGAAACUAAAGAGUCGGCCCUGGUUGUGGGGGGCGGGACCAGUGCUAAACUGCGUUCUUGUGAUUUACUGAGCAUGCGUAUUUAAAUUGCCAUGCAAACAGUGAUUGGC